CGAGUUCUCAGAAAUUUGUUUGAGUGGUUUGAUUUAAUGGGAUUCACGAGCUUCGGUACUUAUAUUAUGCUACUUAAACAGUGAAAUAUGCCUAAAAACGCUAAGAACAAGGCCGCUAAAGCCGGCUCCAUUUACAGAAUAGCUUUACAGAACUUCGUGACGUAUAAAGAAGUCGAGUUGUUCCCGGGCCCGUCUCUAAAUUUGAUAAUUGGUCCAAAUGGAACUGGAAAAUCGACGUUUGUUUGUGCCAUUAUACUGGGACUUUGCGGGAAAACCAGCGUCAUUGGAAGGGCAAAGAAGAUUUCAGAAUAUGUCCGCAGUGGAUGCCAGGAGGCCACCAUAGAGAUAGAGCUACACCGUGAGGUCAAUGAACCGAAUGUCAUAAUCACUCGCAUCUUCAACCUCCAAGAUGCAAGCAUAUGGAAGAUCAACAAUAAGUCUGUUAGGGAGAAGCAGGUUCAGGAGCUCAUUUCUACUAUGAAUAUUCAGGUGGACAACCUCUGCCAACUUCUCCCACAAGACCGGGUGCAGGACUUCUCUAAGAUGAACGCCCAAGAACUCCUGCGGAGUACUCUAGCGGCGGUGGGCGGGCACACGAGUGUUGAACAGCUGGACGAACUGAUUAAGACCAGAGCUGAGCAGCGGGGGUUGUCAACGAGACUGCAGAACAACGCGCAGCUGCUGGAGGAAAAAAUACGACAGAACGAGAGAUUGAAAAUAAUUAUCGACGCCAUGCAACAACGUAAAGAGAUGGAGAAGGAAAUAUUGAUGUGCGAGCGAAAAAAGUACUGGAUAGAGUACCAGGAAUUGCGUGAGAAGGUUAAUGAGUACAAAGGCGACAAAGAAAAGGCUCUCAAGCUGGUGGAAAUCCAUUCAAAGAAGUUGGAACCUUUGGAAAAGGCUUUCAAUAAAGUUAAAAGUGGAAUUGGCAAACUGGAACAACAGAAGUUGAAUGCAGCUCGAGAAGUCCGUGUUCUAAAAGACAAGUUGAAGGAAACAAUAGAGGCAGUGAAAGCGCAAGAGUUCACUUUGAGAGAUAAAUACUCUACUCUGAUGGAGAAAGUUGAGCGUCAUAAAAAUAGAGAGAGAGAGCUGGGCGAGGCCAGAGCUUUAUUGGAUAAGUUGAUUACGGAUAAGAGGAAGUUUGACGAGGAAAUUAACGAGGAUGCCGUCAAAAUGGAGUUAGCACAACUACACAAGAAGAUUGCGAAGGAGAACGCGAGCAUAGAUGGGAUCAAGAAACAAAAUAUGGAAAUACAGUUUCAGCUCGAAAGUAACGUCACGCCCGUGAUACGACAACAUCAGAACAAAAUUCGCAGCCUAGAGAACGUGGACGAAAAACGCCUUGAAGUGCUGAAACACGCCAGCGAGCACACAUACAAAGCAGUGCAGUGGCUGCGCGAAAACCGGGCCAUGUUCCAGAAGAAAGUUUAUGAACCUAUGAUACUUGAGAUAAACUUCACGGAUCCGAAAUUCGCUCGGUACCUCGAGGCCAAGGUGGCUUCCCGCGACCUCUUCGCGUUCACGUUCGAAUGCAGCCAGGACAUGAACCAGUUCACGAACAUCGUGAGGAUGGAGCAUGGCCUGCGGACCGUGAACGCCGUCAGCAGCGAGGGGUACCCGGCGCUCUCACACUACCGGGCGCAGCAGAAGGACAUAGGACAGCUGAGCUAUCUCGGUUUCCACACGUACCUUCUGGAUACAAUAACGGCGCCCGAUCCCAUCUUGCGAUACCUGUGUGGCAAUUACAAUAUACAAAACAUACCCAUAGGAAACGACCACACCUUCAAAAAUUGCUCCAAAGUGCCUUCCCACAUUAAAUCAUUCUUUACUGAAAAUCAUCGCAUCAACAUCAGCGUGUCGCGCUACAGCGGGGCGACGUCGAGUUCGACGGUGGAGAUAGGGCCCGCGAGACUUCUAGCCAACACUGUCGAUAAGGACGAGCUCGACAACCACAAAACUCAGCUUUCAGAACUUGAGAAUAAGGCGAAAAACAUGAAAGCGAAAAUGCAAGAUCUUCAAAACAAAGUAACAAAUUUAGAAAUGAAACUGAACGACCUGAACAUGCAGAGAAAAAAGAUCACCGAAAACGCUGAGAAGCUUAGAGCGCUCGGUAUACAGAUACGUCUUCAAGAGAAAAAGGUCCAAGAUAUUGCAAAUGAACGAACUUUCAAUCUGCAGGAAGAAAAAGAGAAAUGUAGACGGGAACAGAGGAACGUCGUGAAGAAGCAGUGCAAGUUGCACCAGGAACUAGUAGGCAUUAUGAAAAAACUGCAGGAUAAAUUGCUCAAUGGAGAAAUGUGGAAGACAAAAUUAGACAUCAGUAGAAAGGCGACAGAAAGACAGGAAUCACAAUUAAGGGAACUUGAAAUAGCAUUGCGAGAGGCAAAGCAUACGUUAGAAGACAUGGAAGCACGCUACAAGCAAACAAAUACGAAAGCUCACGCUAAACUGAAAGAGGCAAAGAAAGCGUGCGCCAGCGAACUCUUGCCGCAGCAUCCAAGCUUCCCCUUCAAGGAGCAGUUCAGUGAGUUGCCGGCCGAGCUGGAUAGACUGCAGGAGCACUGCUACGAGCUACAGACUAGGAUGGAUUGCAUGGACAAGGGAGAUGAACAGGUGAUCAAAGAAUAUGAAGUAAGAGAAAGAGAAAUAGCGAAAUUAAAGACCGACGUCAGCAGCAACAGUGACGUUCACAAGGAGCUUGAAAGCAAAAUGAGUGCUAUCAGAGCGAAAUGGCUGCCUCCAUUGGAAAACUUACUGCGGGAUAUAGACAACAGCUUCGGAGAAAUGUUCGCCAAGCUGGGUUGCGCCGGGGAAAUCAAACUCGACAAAGCUGGAAGUGAUGAGGACUACGACAAGUACGGCAUUUCUAUUCUGGUCCGUUUCCGGACGUCUGAACAACUGCAGCAGCUAACGCGACACGCGCAGUCGGGCGGCGAGCGCGCUCUCUCCACAGCCAUGUACCUCAUGUCGCUGCAGCGGCUCACCACCGUGCCGUUCCGAUGCGUGGAUGAAAUAAACCAGGGAAUGGACCCGAUAAACGAGCGCAAGAUGUUCCAUCUGCUCGUCAAAGUCACAACCGAAUGCGAUAACGCCCAGUAUUUCCUGUUGACGCCUAAACUUCUGACUAAUUUGGAAUACAAUCCAAAGAUAAUGGUCCACACCAUAAUGAAUGGCAAGCACAUUAUGAACUACAAGCAGUGGAAUUACCAGGACUUCUUAAAUAACGUCAAAUCCUACAGACCGACGAAUAGCUAGUUAAUAGGUACUUAAAUGUGUUGUGUAGUUUUAAACGGAGAUUAUAUAAAAGCCUUGUGUACCGAAUUUAAUUUGAGUACAACCAGCCGGACCUCAUUUGAUAUAGUCAUGUAAUGACAUCGUAUGAUCAAAGAUUGAACAUAACAGAGCGAAUAUACGUUUUCGUUAAGUUCGUAAAAGCUAUGUAAUAUUUUUGACUCUUGUUCGCAAAAUUCGGUCAUAAAUUUAAAUUUCUUGAGUGAGCUACUUGUAUUGGCUGUCCGUCUGUUGUUGUUUUGUCAGUAUGUACGUUAUAUGUUGCUUUCCAUCAGAGAAGGGUCCUUAUGCACAUGGAGCAUAAGAACCCUUUAGGUAAGGAACGCCACAGUAUAGUCACACGCCCAGUGUAGUAUAGUGAUGAUAUUGGUGUUUAACGCGCACAAUUUAAAUAUUGUGUGCAGGCGAUUAUGGUGCAAGUAAAAGAUCUUGAUGUAUGUAAAAUAGGGAUUUAAUAUCCGAAUCUGAUACAAGCGUUGAUAUUCGCGAUUAAAAUAAUAGGUAGGUACGAGCAAAGAGUAAAGUAAGUAUAAGGUAAGAGUAUGCAAGACGCGUGCGGUGUUGUGGCGGCCGCUGGCGCUAAUGGUGUGUGGUGAGGUCCGUACCCCGCGCGGUCACUUGUUGUCGUAGACAUUGUGCUUAAAUUAUUAUUCAUUUAAAGGCCGUAUUUGGAACAGGCACACUCAUUGAUUGUUUAAGAUGUGUAAAGUACAGUUGUGGUGCAAUUUACGGAAAGUUUCCAAAAACUUGGAAAAUAUCUUGGAUAUGUUGAGAACUUCCUUUAUAUCUUGUGAAAUUUCCCAAAAUCACUACAGAUGUAAGUACAAAUCUAAAAAAAUCGUGCCCCAUAUGACCGCUGAAAAAGAUGACGCUGUAUUGCGUCAUACGUUUCAUGGUCACUUGAUUGUCAAACACAACUUACUUUACUCUUUGGUCAAACAUCAACUUUUGACAACCAGAGUUACCGCAUAAUGUACGGGAGCCAAACAGCGCCAUCUACACCAGCUGAUAAAUUCCAAGCACGAAUUUGUCUUCAACUACACAUCAUGUACAAUCACUUCAUCCUUGCUACAGCUCAUAGGAUAACUGAGUGUUUAACUAAAAGAAUUGCGUAAACAGUCCAAGGUUUACUAAGUGCAGACAAAUAAUGGUGGGGUCCUAUUUAAACAUUGUCUUUAAAAUUUUAAUGUUAGAGUUUGUCAAAGGACUGUCUCAUUUUAAACAUAGACAGAGAGAAUCAUACUAUCUUUGUCUUACACCCAAAAGCACCCAAAAGAAAAGGAUGAGUAUAGUUUUUUUGUUCUUAUUUACUGACAAUUUGGUUUGACCAACUAUAAUUUACCUUUACUGCGUGUACAAAUUUGUAAGCUUUAAAUGUAGUCUUAUUUUGCUAUGAACGGUGUAAUUUUAGUCGUGAUGGUGGUUUAUACAGAUUUCCUAUCUUGUUUUCAUACCAUUGAUUCACACUAGCUUGGAAUUCUUUCGCAUGUAGGUACCUAUACGAGGAAAAUUUGUAUGUUCAUCCAAUUCAGUAUUUUUGUCUCUCUUAACGAAAUUGGUGUUAUAUUACGUGUAGUUAAGGUGCAGUGUGUUCAGCCAGCAGUUUUUGAAAUUUUUGAAACGGUUGCCAAAAUAUAUGAAUAACAAUCUUGAGGCCUUUCUCUAGUAACUUUGUCGAUUCGAAACCUGAUUAAACAAUUUUUGCUCGAUAGAACAUAGGUCUAAGACGCUCUAUUAAAAGUUUGUAAAAAUGUUUGCACCAAUGCUAAAAACAUGAAAAUUGCUUAUAGAUUAAAACUAUGAAAACGGAUUUAUUUCAUGAGUAACUAUCGCGGUAACCGAAGACAAUAUUAUGCUUAUAGAUUACUUUUUUAUUUGUUAAAAAUAACAAAUCAUAACGAUAUCCGCGACGCACAGCCGGUGAGCCGCCGCGCCCACGCUCAGUGAGAGAAGUACCUGAACUCACGGCGCCUUAAGUAAACAGAUCGUGUCACUAGCUGAGAGGCUUACCUAUCCUCUCUUUCUUACGAUAGCAGUAUCAUUUUCAACAGGGAUGAGUACCUUUUCAGCAUGGACGUAGUAUUUAAUAAAUAUUACAUUCAUGCUGUUCAGCUACUGGCACGAAGGGCCACAUUAUCCUCUAUCCGACCAGACAUCAAAACAUGCCCAGACAAAUGCAAUUUUGAUUUAGUCAAAUUAAGAUUCAAAUAAGAAUAAAACAGGAGACUAUAAAAAUAUAGGGCUCCGGGCGGCUAGAGCAUAAUAUCUUGUAUGUACAUAUAUCAAAAUUGUUUUAAACGGAUUACUCACGUAAUUUUAGUUAAAAAAAAUCUUGACAUGGUUCGAUUACCUAUUUAUGGUUCGAUGGUUGGUUUGAUUGGUUAUCAGCAGGUGCAUAUCGUGCGCCCGUCAUGUGAUUUUUUUGUCUGUAUCACACAAAAACAAUCUUUCAACUAAAAUUACGUAACCCCUUUAAAAUAAAUUUAAUAUGUUAGUCUCUCGGGAGUUUCAUAGUUAUCUUGUACGUAUUUUUGUAUCGUUGUUAAACGUUAAAGAUACAUUUUAAGUGUAGUGUAAGUUUUGAAAAAUUACAAAUUUAUUGUUUUUAAGUUGUUGAUAGCACUGCCGGCCUAGCCAACUUUGCGCUACGAUAACGAAACGCUUUGUGUCUCUCUAUCACUCUUUCAUAUUAGUGCGACAGUGACAGUUACGUUUCGUUCGCUACGGAGCGUAAGCGAUUGGCAUUUUGGCUACGCGGCGAGAACAGUAAGUUCUUAUUUCGGUCUUUAGGGUUUUAUGUUUGGUUCUCAUAUCGUUUUGAACGUGGCGAGUUGCGACUAAUUAUUUGACUCCAUUGUACCUGUUUAAAAACACUGCUAAAGCAGGCGAAGACACAAAGUUUAACUAUAACGUCUAUAACUUAAGGAAGUAUGGGAAUGAUACAGGCUUACACGAACACAUGUUGUUUUAAUUUUUAUGAGAUCUCUCAUAAGCUGUCUUAUAAAAAUUAUAUCAUCAUCGAAUUGGUGGCGGUAGAGAGCUCAUUACGACCUUUUUGAAUUGUCACAGUUUUUUAUUGAAUAUCAAAUUGAUAUUAGUGGUAUUUGAUACUAAUUUGUUUUUAGUUACAAAGCGUUUUUGUUAUUUUUUAUAUUAAGUAAGUAAUAGAUUAUUUAUAAUUUACUUACUAUCAAGUCAUAUGUUGCGAGCAUCGACUUAAGACAGUCUUUUUCUAACUGUAUACAGGGUGGCUAAAAAAUAAGUGCAAUUCCGUUGCCAGAGAGGUUUUGGGAUUAUACUGAGCAACUUUUACUACGGGACCAACCACGAAAUCGCAUAAAAAAAUUUACCCUCCCAUAGAAAAUGGACCAGACAAAAUGUAUGAAACAGCCAAAUUUUUUUUUGGCGAUUUCGGUGUUUGUCCCAUAUUAAAAGUUGCUCAGUAUACUACCAAAACCUCCCGGCAACGGGAAUCGCUUCGCGUCCAGUAAUCGCUUAUGACCAUUUUUUUUUGCAAUUUAUUAAACUAGGUUUUCGUACUUUAAUUAUAAAAUGGCUGUGUUAUACGGAAAUCUAGUUACUGCAUUUGAUAUUUUAGUUAUGUUGUUUCGUUUAAUGUUAAACUUUAAAUCGAUCCGGAUUUUUAGGUCCUUUGCAUGUACCCAUAUUGACCCUUUAUAAUCUUUAAUCGGCAAAAUUGACCCUUGACUUAAGAAACUACGUUAAAUGGGCAGUUAUAAUAGAUACGAUUUGGAUACGCUACUUUGACAUAGUUCUAAAACGACCUAGCGGUCCAUUAAUUUUGUUGAUGGUGUAAAGUAAAAAUGGAAUUAUUCCCAUGGGUAUUCCAUUUAGUCCUUAAAUUUUAAUAAACCUGCAUACGUCACAACUAUGUUUAGUUGUAUAUGUUAAGUUGAAUUAUACCAAUGAUUGCCAGUUCUAAACUAUAAUUAUAAUUCUGAUUUGAUUUGAAUCAAUAAAUAUUUUAUGAAAAA